AUGGCACCCAGUUUUGAAAAUCCAAUUAUUCGUGGCUUUAACCCAGAUCCUACCGUCUGCGUAGUCCCGUCGCCCACGCUCGGCGGAAAACCGACGUACUACCUGAGCACUUCGACAUUCGAAUACUUUCCUGGUUGUGCGAUAUACCGCUCUAUAGACAUCAUCAAUUGGACGCUGAUCGGCCACGCUUUGACCCGACCAUCCCAACUCAAUCUCCGCACAGUCGAGCCCGGAGCCGGAAGCUGGGCCUCCACACUGCGCUACAGAGCAGCCGAAAAGAGAUGGUACCUCUUCAACGGCGUGUAUCAUCGCUACCGACCCAGUAGUGACGAACGCAUCUUCCCGCGUGGUUUCUACGUCUGGACCAACGACAUUGACACAGACGGAAGCUGGAGUGAUCCGGUCUACUUCGACAAUCCUGGGUUCGACCAAGACGUAUUCUGGGAUGAUGACGGGAAGACGUAUCUCUCGACGACAGUUAGGAUCGCUGAUCGUGAUCCGGCGAGUAAAUUGAAAGACUUUGCGAUCCAUAUCUCGGAAAUUGAUCUGCCGACCGGGAGGACAUUGAUGCCGCCUGUGUGUAUUCGGCAGAGCAAGUAUGGCGUUGCAGAGGGGAGUCAUAUCAUGAAGAAGGAUGGGUACUAUUACUUGCUCGUUGCUGAGGGCGGCACGGAAGCGGGGCAUCAGGAGUGGGCAUAUAGGAGCGAGAAAGGCGUGUUUGGCCCCUGGGAAAGUCAGGGGAAGCCAUUGUGGUAUAACGGAUCCGACGAGGAGGUUCAGAGGACAGGGCAUGCAGACGUGUUUGAAGAUGAGCAGGGGCGAUGGUGGGGUGUCUUUCUUGGUGUCAGACCAGUCGCGAAAGAAGGGAAUUUUCUCGAGCCACAGCUCGGAAGAGAGACGUUCCUAGUCAAGGUUGAGUGGGUUGACGGCUGGCCAGUGUUUAACGACGGCAAGAACAUCAAGUUCCAGACCGAAGGCCGGGAUGAGGUUAUUCAGCUUGUGGCUCAGUCAAAACCAAAAGGCGUUCGCUGGCAGGCUUCUCUAAACUCGAACACAGAUGCGCUUGAGCUUGGCUGGUACCAGAAAAACACUCCACUCAAGCCAUGUCAUUCAUUCACUGAGCGUCCAGGAUAUCUACGUCUUCACGGCGGAUGUUAUGAUCUUUCAUCUCCAGAAGCACCCGCCCUGCUCCUGCGGAAGCAGGAAAGCUACCACGAUCAGUUUUCCGCGACGCUAGAAUUCAAGCCCAGUCGCAAAGGUUAUGAAGCAGGUGUGACUGUCUGGUGGAGCAUGUACUCGUUCGGCUCAAUAGGUAUAACAGCUGUGGUCCACGAGAACAAACUCACCCCGACUAUUGUGUGCAGAACGCCCACAGGAAAGGUCGGUGAGAUAGAAACAACCUAUCCGGCGAUAGGAUCUACGACCAGUGGAGAGCCUUUCAACUCUUCAGCACCCUCGCGCCUGACAGCUGAAUGUACUCCAACAGCUUAUACGCUGAUGCUUUCCCAAAGAUCGUCCAAAUGGAGCUUCUCUUUUGGUACAGAGAUUCUCUGCAUUAUGCCUCCUGUAGGCGGUGCCUUCACAGGAACUAUGUUUGGUAUCUAUUCGUUCGGUUUAUGGGAGCCGGUGCUAGAUCCAGCGGACUUCAAAGAUAUUGUAAUCCGGUCAUAG